CAACGGCAACCGCACGUCUGAUUCUCACUCAUGCCGGCGUCUUCCACCACCAUCAACAUGUUCGAUAUUUCACCCGUCAGCAACAACUUUCACGUCACUAGUUGAGCACAGCCGACUGGUCAUCUUCCAUGUCCUUGCCUUCUUUCCUGAAGUGUGCCAGGUCAGCUGGCCUUGUUGACUUGGCGUCGACUAUCAAGACUAGAUGGCGACCCCUACGACCUCUGGUACUCAGAGGCUGUGAUCAACGGCGAGGCAAAGGCAUGAGGGCCAACAUUCCGGAAGAUGCGGCGCAAGGAUACGGCUACACUCAGAUGAAUUGGAGUCCCUAUAGCGAGCCGGUACUGUCGAAAAGAGUCAAGGCUCUGUCCGACGCGCUUAACAUCGGAACUUAUUACGACGUCAGGGCAGUCAAAGGGCAGGAUCCUGCCAAUGCUCCGUUCAUGGUCUCGACGAGCACGAGACAUUGCUAUACAAGACAGUCGGUCAUGAAAUACUUUGGUUUAGGAGAACAUCCUUUGACGGAUAUGUUUCUCCACCAUUACACCUCUAAGAAGCACCGACCAUUAUGGUUGUUCGUCUACAACGGUGACGCCGACCUUCGUCCCGUAGUGAAGACUGUGUGCGUGAAAAGGUUGAGGGAGGCCGUUCUCAAGGCUCUCAAGGCGAACGGAUACGGCCAUUGGGGGGAUCGAUUGCCGGGAUUCGACGACACAUCGGUGCUUCACGGCACCAUUCACGUUCGCAUCUCACACGGCAAGGAGUUCCUCCAGAUGAGCGACCAGGAGAUCCAUGACAUGCUUGACAAACUGAUGAAGAAGCAUAUCAUCAAACAGCUCCAAACACCACAAUGGCCGAUACAGGCUCAGUGUAGGCGGGCUCGUGUUGGCGAGCAGUCACCUCCAAACAGAGGAUCCAGUGGAUCACCUCAAAACAGAGGAUACAGCAACCAAUCGCAACAGCGUGGAUCAGGGCAGCCGAGUGCUGGCGGUUAUAGAAACACCAGAGAGACACCAACCGACAUUCGUGCUGGCAACCGGAUUCCGAAGCCAAGCGCAGAGGAUGGAAUCAUUCAAGGCGAUGAGUCCCGAUCCCGUGUACAACAGCUUGCCGAACGGUUCCGAACUCGUCAUCAAAAUCCAGGAUCGAACUAGGACUUUGGGACAGGAUGAAGGCGGCUCUUGGUAGACUCAUGGGAGCAAACGCGAGUUGAGCGUUGACUCCUUAGAGGGACCUCUAUGUAGCCAGCUGUCUACUCCCACGGCAUAUAGAGUAACAGUACCGUUAAAGGCCUGUACAGCACACCGGGAGUAAUCAGUACAAGUAAGAUACCCUUACUCAAGCAAGCAGCCUCUCACAACAACUCUCAAACCCGAGUUUCAAACACCACCAGAAGUCGAAAAGGUACGUACCUUUUAAAGUGGAGCCACCCAGGGGAAGCAUCAAAGUCUUGGCGCCAAGCAGAGGCUCUCAAGGUGUGCGUUUCCGGCCAAAGCCCCCACAUUUCUCG